AGGGCGCGGUGCGGCGCUGGUUUCAUUUCUGAAACAGGUUUUUGUUUUUGGUUCUGGCGUGUUGUGAAGAUGUCAGGGCGCGGGAAGCAGGGCGGGAAGGCGCGUGCUAAAGCCAAGUCGCGCUCUUCGCGGGCUGGGCUGCAGUUCCCCGUGGGCCGCGUCCAUCGCCUGCUGCGCAAGGGCAACUAUGCGGAGCGGGUGGGCGCCGGCGCCCCGGUGUACCUGGCAGCCGUGCUGGAGUACCUGACUGCUGAGAUCCUGGAGCUGGCGGGCAACGCGGCCCGCGACAACAAGAAGACUCGCAUCAUCCCCCGGCACUUGCAGCUCGCCAUCCGCAACGACGAGGAGCUCAACAAACUGCUGGGCAAGGUGACGAUCGCGCAGGGUGGUGUGCUGCCCAAUAUCCAGGCUGUGCUGCUGCCCAAGAAGACCGACAGCCACAAGGCUAAAGCCAAGUGAUUACCCAAGAGUAACACCCGGGAGUGUUUUUUUCCCCAGAGAAACCCAAAGGCUCUUUUAAGAGCCACCCA